AUGCCAUCUGUUCAACUUAAUUCGGGCAUUCAAAGGGAUUCAAAGCAAGGCAAGAUGAAUACCGACACAGUAGAACUAGCGAGGGAAUAUGAUUUAAUAAGUUCUGUUUAUUUUCAGAAUCGAGUACGAGAUGAAGCUUUGAAAUGGAUCGUUUUCGAUGAAAACGACGACGUGCUCGAUGUUGGAUGUGGUCCAGGAAGGUUAUGUAAUAUGUUGUCUCCUCGUGUAAACUCAGUUACCGGUUUAGACAUUUCGCCUGGCAUGAUAGAAUAUGCAAAGAUGGAAAACUCAGGGCCCAAUAUACGAUUCUUUCAAGAGGACGCGCAGACGUUUGGUUUUCAUCUCAACAACUGGUGGGAAAGGUUCAACAAAAUCCUGAGUAUAACAGCUCUUCAUUGGUGCUUCGACAAGGAGAAUGUAUUGAGGAAUGUCUUCCAGUGCCUUAAACCUGGUGGUUUAUUCCUCCUUGACUUCGAGACGCAUUGGAACCUACAUGGGGAAUGGAGUAGAUAUGGUGAAACCUGCGAAGUAUGGCUUCAGAAACAUCACAGAUGGGGAAAAUAUCUGGAGAACUGUGACUAUUUACUGCUUCCAGUGGAAAGUACUGACACCUUUCACGACCUGAUGAGAUCAAUAGGAUUCUCUAUUAUAAAAUCAGAGGUCAAGGAAUCACCCUGGGUUCAAUGGAAAGAACAUGAAAUUAAAAGUCAAUUAAGGACCUCCUUUUAUCCGAUGAAGUAUAUCCCUCUGGAACACCAAGAAGAAUUCAUCGGUGACGUGUACAAAUGGGCGUGUGGCGUCACUCCAAAGAGGUCCGGUAAUGUUUACCGAGGUGAAUAUGGGAGAAUUGAACACAUCACCAUCAUGGCUACCAAAUAAAGACAUUCUUCAAGUUUCUUGACCUGAUCCACGCGAGCAGAUCCCUCGACUUUUAGUGUCUUCAACAGGGACAUUUUAAGGAUUAUUUGUUUAGGAAUUCAUGAAGAGCAUACAUAUCUCACCAUAGUCAUCUAAUUCGAGCGCCUAGCGCGUGCAGAAUUUUACAGAAGUACACCUAAACCAUGGAGCUAAUAUAUGCCUAAACCACUGCAUCACACGUUAUGCAAAGGGCCCUCUUCCUUUAUAUACAAUAUACAUAUAUGUGUGUAUAUAAUAUGUGUGUGUGCAUAUAUUUAUAUAUAUAAAGAUGUAUUGAAAGAUUUUGAAAUAAAGAGGUAUACGAAAUAAAAAUAAAUUUCAUGGAGCUAUAUAGUGUUGUAGUCAUGGCAAGAACUCUAUCAGAAGCUUACUACCCAUUUACUAGCCAGUGGAAGAGCCUAUUUGGUUGAGUAACUCCUUAAUUUGAAUAUGAAUAGACCAUACCUAUAUCUGCUAGAGUAGGCAACCCCUCACUGUGUUUGAUAGAUAUUGUGUGUGUGCACUGCAUAGGGCAAUGCAAGCAAAUGUUAAACAGACUGCAGAUAUGUAUAAGCAUGCAAGCAUCGGGUGCAGUAGCAUCUUUCGGCAGCUCCUUGGCUGGGAAAGCUAGCACAUUGGUGCCACUCCUUUGAUCCUUUGAUAUGUGGGGUGGCAUUUAAGACAUCAG